ACCAACCGGGCCCGGCGGCCGGCCUGCGUACCCUCCACUCCUUCCAGCGCCACCCGUGCCCAAACCCAGCCACUCCUGUUUCUUCGUCCUUCCCCACUGCGAUAAAAACCGUGAGUGCGAUGGAAAGGUAGGUUCAAGAAAUCAAGAAACCGAUGGCGCCGAACAGGAGGAAGAAGGGACAGAUCAUCUCCGACUCCGACCCACAUUUCAGCGGCGGAGGUGUCACUGCCGACGGCUUCGACCGAUUCGAACUCGUCCCGGACUGCCUCCUCGUCUCCAUCCUCUCCCUCCUCCCCAUCGAAGACGCCGUCCGGACCAGCGUCCUCUCCACCCGGUGGCGCCGCCUCUGGACCCUAGCCCCCCUCGGCCUUCUCGACGACUCCGCCCUCCGCUCUGAGAAAUUCCCCAACAAGAAGCUCUUGGCCUUCCGGGCGUUCCACGACGAGGAGCAAUGGCGCGCCCAGGAGGGCUGGCGCGUCCGCGCCAUCGACCGCGUCCUCUCCGCGCACGCCGGUCCCAUCCGGAGCUGCCGCCUCUCCUGCGUCUACUUCCACAUCCCCCUCCUCGACGGCUGGAUCCAAACCCUAAGCCAGAAGGGCGUCCAAGAUCUCGUUAUCCUCAUCCCCAUGGAGAAGCGCUUCUACCUCGUUCCCCCUUCCCUCAUCACAUGCCAGUCCCUUCGGUCCUUAGAGCUGUGCUACUGUCGAAUCUUGAAACCCACUAAGCCUCGCCUCAAUCUUGUCAAUCUCAGAGUUCUGAAUCUGAAGCGGAGUCUCGUAACGGAUGCCGCCAUCAAUGACUUGCUGUCCAGCUGCCCAGCCCUGCAGAGCCUAGCUCUGGUACACUGUGCUGGCCUCCGGCGCAUCCAUCUCCGCUCCCCUGCCCUCUGCAGCAUGAUGCUGGAUGAUUACUCCUUGGAGGUCGAAGAGCUUUUCGUUGUCGAUGCCCCGAAUCUUGAGUACCUGAUGCUAGGUAAGAACGCGACAAGAAGGACGCACCUAAAAGUUCUCAAUGCGCCAAAGCUGGAGCUGCUGGGUUUUCUUGAUAUGAACAUCAAGAUGCUCGAGUUGGGCAGCACUUGUUUUGAGAAAAGCAUGGUUAAAUUGAGUACUGUGGUGCAUAGCCUGAAAAAACUCGCCAUUAGAGUGGAUUUCAAUGACGAUCUUCAGGCGGAUAUAGUUUUUGACUUGCUCAGAUGCUUCCCUUGCCUGGAAACAUUGGAUGUCUUGAUUGCUGACAUGGACGAUGACGACGACGACGACGACCCAUAUGUGGACUACUGGGAGCAGCAAAGUUCCUUUGAUUGUCUUGAUCAUCAUCUGAAAAGUGUGACACUGAAGGGUUUUUUAGGACAGAGGGCUGAUUCGGGGUUUGUUAACUUUCUUAUUGCAAAAGCACGAGUGCUUCAGGUGAUAACUCUUAUUUCUGUACAUGCUUGGAAAGAGGGAUGGGUAGGAACCAUACAGCAAGACCUGUGCCUUCAGAAUAAAGCUUCUAUAGAUGCUGAAGUAGUUUUCAUGAAAGAAAAACAUGAGAUGAAUCAGUUUCAACCUUGGAGUUCACUAUUUUGAACAGUAGCAACUCUGUUUGGAACAAGAUUUCGAGAUAUUUGAAAUCAGUUGGGCCUUUGGUUUUCCUUUUGGGUGGGGAACGGCUUGCAACUUUGCCUACCAUUGAUUUGGCAACCAUUCUGCCCCUACAUGUAGAGAGCUUUAAGUUUGGUUUGACUUAUUAUAAGAUGGCUAGGGGAUAACAAUUAACAUGGAGGAGUGAUCUGAAGGAAAAGAUGUAUCAGCUGCUCAUAAUAGUGCGAAUAAUCAGUACUAUCUUCUCCAUCAAUGUUGUUAAGAGAUUUGUUAUAGAAACCUCUAUGUAAGUUAUUUUCAUUGUUCUAUUCUGGAACUCAUAAUUUUACUGCAGUUCUUCAUAUGAAACUUUUUUAUUUAGGUUA